AUGAAUGAUUGCAAUAGACGCUUUAAUUCCAAGUGGUUGGAUGAAUUCCAGUGGCUGAAAAAAAAACAUAAACAAAUAAAAGAAAAUGGGGAAAUUUUAAAGCACAUUGGAGAAACUGUCCUGUACUGUGGACGGCAGAACAUUCCUCUCCGAGGUGACUAUGAAGCAUCGGACACAAGUUUUACAAAGAACCCUGGCAAUUUCAUCGCUCGGUUGAAAUUGCUGUCAAAACACAGCUCACUUCUGCAAAAGCACCUCCAGGCACCCGCAAAGAAAAAUGCCACAUACAUUUCUCCUCAAUCACAGAACGAAUUGAUAGAUGUCAUUGGCCACAAGAUCAUCAGAGAGACUAUUCUUGAAGAGGUGAGGAAGACGAGAUGGUUCUCUGUUAUGUGUGACGAGGCAACGAGCCAUAAUGCAGAGUUGAUGUCACUGUGUGUGAGAUUUGUAGAUACAAACUGCCAGAUGCGUGAGGAGUUCAUUGACUUUAUAGGAACUUGCCGGACUACAGGGCGUGUGCUGGCAUCUAAAAUACUACAGAAACUUGAAGAGCUCAACCUUGAUGUGACGAAGAUAAGGGGACAAGGGUAUGAUGGUGCUGCUGCAAUGAGUAGUGCGAGAGUUGGUGUACAGGGAAUCAUCAAGCAGCACUCCCCCAGAGCUAUCUACACUCAUUGCUUGAGUCAUGCUCUCAACCUUGUGUAUGCCCACUCAGCCAAACAGCAGGAAGUAAGGAAUAUGUUGGACAAGCUGAAGGAGUCUUCGGUAUUCUUUAGUAAGAGCCCAAGAAGAGAAGGACCGCUGAAGGAAAUUGUUGGAAAAAAUGUGCCAGAGCACGCCACCAACAGGAAACCGUUGCUAGACAUUUGUGCAACCAGAUGGGCAGCGAGAUAUGAUGCCUUCAGGCACUUUUAUCAGUGCUAUGUUUGGCAGGUUAUGGCUCUUGAAGUCAUUGUGUAUGGAUCGUACAUCAAUGAAACCGACAAAUAUGACGGUGACAUAGUAAAUGAUGAUUGGGAUGGCCGCACUAAAACUGCAGCUGGUGCCCUGCUGGAAGCGAUCACCAAAUUCGGAUUUAUCGUCACGUUUCUCACUGUGUAUGAAAUGCUUUCACCAAUGCAAGGCCUGACUGUCAAACUGCAAGGGAAGGCUGAAGACAUGGUUUCAGCAUACGAUAGUGUCACAGAUGUCAAGCUCCACUAUGAGACACUGCGUGGUGAUGUCGAAGCCGUGUUCCACCGCAUAUAUGAACACUCUGUGAGAAGGCGUGAAUCCUUGUAUGCCGCGCAGACCAGGAGGGACAUCACAAUAUCGUAA